UUUGUUUAAUUUUAAAAUAAAAAUGAAAACAUACAAAUCAAAAUCCGAUGCUCAUCGUUUCCUCUCAUCGACUCAUCUCCAGUGCCUCCCACCGGCCACCACUGAAGCGGACUGUCACUUACCCUUCUCCCUUCCCGGAGCUUCAGAAUCAAUCCUUGUCCCAAAAACUAGAAGCUUUUCGCUCCCUUUGCUUUCCUAUGAUGCUGCUGCUUGGAUGUUUGGGUUAUGUAUUGAACGAUUGAUAAAAUAAUAAUUCAGGAAAACCUACAAAAAGAUGGCGGCAAUAGCCUCAACACGGUUGCUACUUCUUGUUGGUGAUUCUUUACCAUUAAGAAAGUUAUCAAACAUCUGCAGAAUAUCACGGUUCCACAGCAGCAUACAUUUUCUCAGCCGGGUCGAUCGUGAACAUGGGCCUCUCACUCUAGCAAGCCUUGGAUUCAAAAGCGAGUUCCAAACAACAUACAGGAAGAGAACAAGUGAGCGUCAGCAGCUGAAUUCACCUGUUGAAGCUCCCAAAAGCAAAAUGAAAUUGGUUAGAAGCAAUGCAGUGAAUGCUAUUGCUACGAAAAAAUUGCUGGAAAUAGAGGCAGCACCAUUUUCUGCAAAAUCAUUUUCUGAGCUUGGCCUUCCACCUCUGUUGAUAGAGAGGUUAGAGAAGGAAGGCUUCACAGUUCCAACUGAUGUUCAGUCUGCAGCAAUUCCCCCGAUUUUAUUGAAUCAUGAUGUUGUGAUCCAGUCCUACACAGGUUCAGGGAAAACUUUGGCUUAUCUGCUUCCAAUACUUUCUGAGGUUGGUCCACUGAAGGGUAAGUCUCUCAAUGGCGGUGAUGAACCUGGGAAUAAGACGGACAUAGAAGCACUAAUCGUGGCUCCCUCAAGGGAGCUGGGCAUGCAAAUUGUGAGGGAGGUUGAGAAGCUCUUGGGACCUGCUGACAAGAAACGGGUUCAGCAGCUUGUUGGGGGUGCAAACCGAUCGAGGCAGGAAGAAGGCCUGAAGAAAAAUAAGCCUUCCAUUGUUGUUGGAACACCCGGGCGGAUUGCAGAGAUAAGUGCAGCUGGGAAGCUUCAUACCCAUGGCUGCCGUUACUUGGUCUUGGAUGAAGUAGAUGAGCUUCUUUCAUUCAAUUUCCGUCAGGAUAUGCAACGGAUAUUGGAACAUGUAGGUAGAAGGCCCAGUGCAGGCCCCCAUAGUUCAAAAGGUCCUCUUGCUAGGCGGGCUGAGCGCCAGACUAUUAUGGUGUCUGCAACAGUGCCAUUUGCAGUGGUAAGGGCAGCCAGAAGCUGGGGGCAGGAUCCACUUCUUGUCCAAGCCAAAAGUGUCACUCCUAUUGAAGCUGUCAGUGCUGGGCCUGUUAAUUUGUCAGGGACUUCUAACCCUGGGUCACAGUCGAGUUUGCAGGCUCAAGCAGUGGCAGAGAGCCUACCCCCAGUUUUGAAGCACUAUUAUUGUGUCACAAGGUUACAGCAUAAGAUUGAUACCUUGAGGAGAUGCAUUCACGCACUUGAUGCUAAGUUUGUGAUAGCUUUCAUGAAUCAUACUAAGCAGCUAAAGGAUGCUGUCUUCAAGCUAGAGGCUCGUGGGAUGAAGGCUGCAGAGCUACACGGGGAUCUUGGCAAGCUUGGCAGAUCAACGACUUUGAAGAAAUUCAAGAAUGGGGAGGUGCGAGUUCUGGUCACAAAUGAGCUUUCAGCAAGAGGUUUGGAUGUGGCAGAAUGUGAUCUUGUGGUUAAUCUGGACUUACCCACAGAUUCGAUUCAUUAUGCACAUCGAGCUGGCCGGACAGGUCGACUUGGCAGGAAAGGUGUUGUGGUCACCAUAUGUGAGGAACCAGAAGUGUUUGUUGUGAAGAAGCUGCAGAGGCAGCUUGGGGUACCCAUCAAGGCUUGUGAGUUCACCGAGGGCAAAAUAGUUGUCUCCAAAGAAGAAGAAGAUGAAACAUCAGAGGUCCCAAAGUAGGACCUUUAGUGGCUUCUCGCAGGACAACUUUCCUCAGUUUUUCCUUUCCUGAUUAUGGAUAGGUAAGUUUUAGGGCUUUAGUCAUUCCUGCAAUGGUGAAUGUAUCCGAAGUUGCUACAAUUCCUCAAUACAAUUUGCUCCCUAUAAUGCAGUUACAAAUUUUUAUUGAGAAAUGAAAUACAAUAGAUUACAGCUGCAUGUAUAUUGGCACAA